AGCCAGUAGACCACGCCUCUUUCCCAUGUUGCGCACCAAUCGCAGGGCAGGCAAAAGACAGACUAUGGAAAUGUGUGAGCAGCCCGCGCCUUGAGUAGCAGCAGCUCUGGGCUCUGCCGGGCCCCCCUUCCUGCCUAGUAAAGUGCAUGAGAUGUCACAUGAUCGGCCGGCGGCAGUGUGAGCCUCCCAUCAAUACAUCAUCUGCAAGAUCGGAGCCUGAAUCUGCUCCCCCGCUGCGGGUGCCUGCGCCCAUCUACUGACAGCCAUCUGUACGUCUGUCUGUCUAUACUCGGGACUACACCAGCGAUAACACAGGGGCUGCGCACACUGACACGCACUCGGAUUGUGCCUGCUCCUUGCAACAGUCCCUGACUGGCUUUGCUGGAUAAGGGGUGGGACUUGCUGUUUUUUGGAUUGUACCCCAUCCUACUAAUGCUCCCCCUCCCCAUUUCCCCCGACUGACUUUUAACCCUUCAUGUGCUGACGCGCUGAAGUUUGGCUGCCCCUUCGCCUGAGUGUGUUUGUUCCCGGCAGCAGCAGCCGCUGUGUGAAGCCUUUUCAUGUGUCUCAUGUUGGAGAUCGGGGAUCAUCUGAUUCAUUUCAAACUCUUUGCUUCUCUUACAAGUUGAUCUCCAGGGGCUCCGAGACACCGAGAGAGAGAGAGAGGGGGGAGACUUUAUUCCUCCCUGGAUGCCGAUGGCACAGUCUGCCCCUCAUCUUUAUGUAUGUGGCUGUUUCAUGCACGGGACUUGGAUGCGUUUCUAGGAGUUUGCUGGGGUUUUUUUUUUUCUUCUUCUCCCCCUUAUUAUUUUUUUUUUUUGUUCCAUUAGAGAAUCUAUUGAUGAACUCUCAGAUUGGAUGUGAGACAUCAGUCAGUUGGUAGGGUCGCUCCAUCUCCAUCCUGUGCCAUCAGCCUGCUCAAAGGAAGGACAAGGACAGAGGAGGGGGGUGAGGAUACAUAAAGUACCCCCAAAGUCUGACUGAUCGCACAGACAUCCCCUACACACUGCUGCUACAUUGGGAGACUGUGUAUAAGAGUCUUUUUAUUAUUAUUGGGGGCACUGAUAUUGUUCCUCCAGCAAGUGGCAGCCACACAAUCCCUGUUGCAACUUUGUGCAGCACUACAGUAACCCACUAGCAAGCCCUGGAUCUGAACAUACUGCCUGCAGGGCUAAGUGGGCAUCUGCUUUGUUGGAGAGUAUAACGCACCCCUUUGGGGAUGUCUCCCUUGAUCCAAAGCCCUGCUCUGGGUGCAGGGAGUUCCGUGUGAAUGUGCACCGCCCUGCCCCUUCUGCUCUCGGUAGCAGCCACUCGGCCUCCAGCUCCCCCGUGAGUCCGGCUUUGCUGCAGCAUUGCUCCCCGUCACACCAGACACUAAUUUCCAGUCCACUAGCGCUCCUGUCCCUGUACUGCUUAGCUCUGAAGCUGCGACUUUCGCGCAGCCACUUUCUGGCCAGGAGUGAUGUUGCACGUGGAGAUGUUGACGCUGCUGUCUAUGCUGCUGUGGAUGUGUGUGUGCAGCCAGGAUCCUGGCUCCAAGGUGGUGGCUGAUCGCUAUGCGGUGUAUUGGAACAGCACCAACCCCAGGUUCAUGAGAGGUGAUUACCACAUUGAUGUCUGUAUCAAUGACUACCUAGAUGUGUUCUGUCCUCAUUAUGAAGACUCAGUUCCUGAAGAUAAAACUGAGCGCUAUGUUUUGUACAUGGUGAAUUUUGAUGGUUACAGCUCCUGUGAUCACACAUCCAAAGGCUUCAAGAGAUGGGAAUGCAAUCGCCCUCACUCCUCUAAUGGACCACUAAAGUUUUCAGAAAAAUUUCAGCUCUUCACACCCUUCUCAUUAGGGUUUGAAUUCAGACCAGGACGGGAAUAUUAUUAUAUAUCAUCUGCAAUUCCAGAUAAUGGAAGAAGAGCCUGCUUAAAGCUCAAAGUCUACGUACGACCAGCAAACAGCUGUAUGAAAACUAUAGGUGUUCAUGACCGUGUUUUCGAUGUUAACGACAAAGUAGAAAAUUCAUUAGAACCAGCAGAUGAUACAGUUCAUGAAUCAGCUGAGCCGUCCCGUGGUGAAAAUGCAGCACCAGCACCGAGGAUACCCAAUUGGCUUUUAACAACCCUACUGUUUCUCCUGGCAAUGCUUUUGACGUUAUAGCACAGUGUACUUCACAGACAAGCUGCAGAGAAAAUAGGAUCUUGGAACAUCAUAGAUCCAUCUAACUGCUUCAACCAAGGAAGGAACUUUUUGUUUUGCUAAUUUACAGUUGCUCUUUGUUUUUUUUUGGAUUUUUUUCCCCCAAAGUUUCCACUGAACAUGAAUAUAAAAAGAAUAAUGUACUUUAUUACACUUCAGUCUUGGGUUUAUCUUUCCAGUGCUGAAAAGACUUCUGACGAAUAUGCCAAAUUUUUAGCAACACUAGUGAUUCUAAUUUUCCCUUGCAUUUAUUUUUAAGAAAUCAGUUCAUUUUAUUCACUGUUAACUCAUGUGGAUAGAAAAUGCUUGUGGCAAAUAGUCCAAAUAAAGUGAAAAAUAGGAAGCCCAUUGUCAAAUACAAAUUUCUACUCCAAACUACAAUGUCAUAAUUAUGGAUCUGGAUGUGAGCUGUUCUUUAUCUUUCUAAACCACAAAUUCCAGAGGAUGUUUAGUGAACAUGUAUCUGUGUGCAAACAAUAGUCCAUAGCUUACUAGCGCUCUUACCUGCACUCUCUAUACAGAGUUUUCCUUAUUUGUUUUACUUUAACAUAUACUGAGCAAAGCUAAAGUGCACAACAUUUCACUAUUGCUACCAGUGGGCAGCGCAAAGCAGACACAUCCCUCCAAGGUGCUAUAUGUUGAUUUUGCCAUUAUUAUAUGACUCACAUGCAUUUUGUACAUAAAGUGACCUUGCUCAACAUAAACCUGAACAGAAGAAAGUUCAAACCACUUUCCUUUUUAACAUUAAUUCCUAUCAUUUCUGCUAAGUGGAAUUUUACUUUACUAGAUUUUGAUGUCUGGUAAUCAUUUCACUAUGACAUUUUUGUUUACUUGGGAGAUAAACAUAAUUGAAGAAAUAUUUGAGAGGAGUGCACUGCCAUGAAAACACCAUUCUGAAUCAAGCUUCUGGUUUUCUCCUUUAUUUGUGCAGAUUUUAGUGAUGGAGAGAAUUUAGUGCAAUGUCUCUCUUUAUAUUUUUGAUAUUAAAGGGGCCCUAUAUGCCUUUGUUCAACAGUAAUAAAGGGUUCCUCUGUUGAAUAUGGAUUUUAACAAUUCCUUUAAAUACAUUUUUUUUAAAAGUUUGUGUAUUAUGUUCUACAAAACAAUACAAUUAUUUAAUUUUGUAAGUAACAUAACCUCUUGAGUGUGGGAAAAAGAGGAAGUUAUUUUGUUAGACAUUUCUUUCCAGUAAAACCUACAUUGAACAUUUGCUAUUUAUUAUAAAGCAGGACAGAUAACAGAUAGCAGCCCAUGUAUGCAGAACCCAUUAUAUAUCCUUUCCUAGGGAGAAAAACUAGCCUGAGUUAAACUGCUAAUUAUAAUUUAUAUAUAGUGUUUUUUUAAUUGAAUAGCCAGCACUUACUGUCAAGAUCAAACCCUAUUCUUUGGAUAUUGUUGUGAGCUCUGGUAUAUAUUGCCUCUUCAAUUAUCACUUAUCUCCCAAAAGCCAUUACCAGUGUGAUUUGAAGCAUUUAGAUGGUAUGUAAUAUUUAUUGUUAGGAAUUAUAACUGUUCAGGGUGCCUUGAGUUUUUUUUUUUUUUAAUUACACCAAGAAUUUGGCUCUGAUAUUAGGCAUCCACCAAAUGUAUGUUGUAUAAUAAAGCUUUUAAAAACUGUGACUAUGUUUAAUAUGAAAAAGUCAACUACAUUGAAACAUUUAAUAUAUUUGUAAAAACAAUAUACUGUAGACCUGAAGCAACAGGAUUGUCAAAGCUAGUCUGCAAUGCUUUCUGCCUGGCAAAAUAAAGUGUUUCCUAAAAAUAGAAAUGCAUUGGAAGUUUGAAGAAGAGCCUUCAAAACUCCAGGUGCAGGGGUUGCUUUCUUGAAUAUAGUAUUAUGCAAUUUUUUUUAGAACAUGUAUACAAUAAACUACAACAAAGCACAGAAUUAUGCAUUGUGGAUAUAACCUAAAGAGAUACAAGUAUAUUAUAAUUACCUGGCUGCUGGAGGAGCCAGUAACUUACAGCUGUACUUUAGAGAAGGCUUUGGCAGUAAGGGGAUUCACCUCUGUACUAUAGUUUCCAUUGGUAUUUUCCAUGGGAAUAACAGAACUUAUUGGUUUUCAAGGGCUUAUUAAUAUAGUCAAAGCAGGUAGUCUUGCCCUUGUUAACAUCAGGUAAUGCAAUAAAUAAUUUAUUGAAUAAAAAAAAUAACACAAACAUGAGCAUUGUUCAAAUAAACUUUUGGAAAUUUUUAACAACAUUUAGUGCUAUUGCAGCUGGUUCAGUUAACAAGAGAACUAGAGCCAACAGCACCUGUAAAUUAAUUAUGUUGUGUGUUUAAGAAAAUAAAAGCCUUAACUAUGUUUUAGGAAUUUUGAUUUUAAUUAUUUUUAUUUAUCAUUGGACAUUAAACAGCAAUUCUCUUUUUCCCCUAAGGGCGAGAAAAAGAAAAUCUUGAAACCACUAUAUACAUGACAGUCAUUGGCUGGAACUUGGAGUGGUUGAAUCCUGGUAACAGAAAAAAAAAUCAAAUAAAAAAUUAACAAUCUUGAAGUUCUGGAGGUUUUUUCACCUUCAGUUUUAGAUAAUCAUUUCUUACCUAUCUGAAGGAUGUUGGCGCAAAUUUGAGACUGCUCAUUGCACUUGAGAGACCACUUUUGGUAAAGUCUCCUUGGCUUUCUUUUUCACUCACUUUCUCUCCUUCUUUCCCUCUCUCCCAUGAACUAUUAAGACCAAGGAAAGGGUAAUUUACUAACCCAUAUUCCUGGUUGUCUGUAGCUUUUCAACUUGAAGCAGGGGAUUAAGCAUCAGUCUGUUUGGUGGAUACUGUGUAUCCUUUAACACAAAAGGUAACAUUUCAUGUUAGAUUAGAAUAUUGUUUUGUAUUGUACCUUCUCGGAUGGCAAAGAAUAUAAGAUAUAGUAAAACAAAAACAUACCUUCUUUAAAUUCUGUAUUAUUAGCAACCUAUGCUGUAUAUAGUGUUUGAUAAUAAAGUAUUGAAUCAAUUCUUAUGUCUUUUGUAAGUAAAUACAUUAGACUUUCUGGCCACAAACAUCAUAUUUGUUACUAUACAGAACAAAGAAGCUUCAAGAUUCUUCUAAGACAUGCUUAGUUGUUUUCACAAGCGCUCCAUAGACCAUAACCCAGAGCAACACCACAUUUAAUGAUCAAUGUUUUGUACUAAAUGUUUAUAGGUCUAAUGUAAGAGCACUCUGUAUUUUUUGGCAUGUUGAGUUAAAAGGGUGUAAGGGAUUUUUAUGCAGAACUUGUUUAUGAUAAUUUUCAGGGGAUUCGUUUUUGUGCUCUUUCACAUGCUUGUUAGCCAUGUAUCAAAGACAUACAUUUAUUUUUAUGCCAGAAAAGCAGUGAACAAGAAAUUUAGUCUUUAUGUUAUAACAUUGUGAAAAGCUAUUUUUUACAUCAUCACUGAUAGUACAAAUCAAAAUAUUUGCAUCUUCACUGGACAGUGUUAUUUUAACUUCAUAAUGUCCUACAAUAAAUGUUAUGUACUGAACCCCUAUAUAUCCUUGGCCACAUAUUAGAAAUCUCUCCCUUUUUCUUUUCUGCUCUAUCUUUCUCUUUUCAAAUUGUGAAUGAGCAGAUCAGUCCUUCUUUUGGCAUCACUGAGUUUUUCCCAGGCAUUCAUCCCAAGGUUUUUUUCAGAUCUGAGACAAAUCUUCGUACGAUACGCUUAUUGCCAUUGUCUGUACAGUUUAAUAGAUGCUGGCAUGUUGAAGGUUACCCAUGAGUCUACAAAAUCUGUUUUCCAUACUUACUCUUGACAUCUCAUUGAAACCACUCAUUGUGUGUGCAUCUGAGUAAGAAAGUCCGGCUCAGUGUGGUUCUGUGCUUGUUCUACCCUGCUUUGCACUUACUAUUCAUUAAGUGCUGUUUUGAAAUGCUUACAUUAUAAGAAUUAAAAAAAAAAUGUUUAAAAAAAUCAUAAACUGUAUUUGUAUAUACACGUGUCCGUACAAUUAUACUUAAAUAAAAAAUGAAAGAUUGUCAUCAUUUUA